UGAACCUAUUUUGGAAAAGUGGUUACAGAUGAGAUAAUGUUAUAGAUCAUAAGAGGAACCAUCUUUUAUGCAUUCAAUCAAUAGUUUUAUGGUUGUCAAAAUAUUCGAUUGGUUGGAUAGAUUUCACAUGUUUCACUUGCGUGUCCUGACAUUCUGUGCAAUUUAUAUGUGUAAAUCCGGUUUGAGUUAAUCCUGGUUAUCAAUGUCAAUGCUUUUUUUCCUUCUCUGUUAAGUAAUACCUUAUCAAUCCUGCUUUUUAAGGCGUGUUCAAUAAUUGUGUGGGCGGUACACUUGCGCCAGUAAUAAUACAGGCUUUUCAGCGCGUUGGUUCACACGGAGUAUAUGACCUGCUCAAAUGGUGUAAAACGUUAUUCAAUUGAAUUCAUUCACAUAUCUUUUAUGGUGCGUUGAAUCAGGAAGUGGCCUGUGAAUCUGCUUCUGAGUUAGGUGGGAACAGAUGGGCAAAUAUUGUCAUGUUUAUAGAGCUUACAAGUGGAAUUGGAUAGUUGAAAUUAAGGCUUUUUUUUAAGAAAGAAUAGAUCCAUUUUUGGGCAGACAUAUAUGAAAUGCAUUGGAAUGCCUUGUUUGUCUUGAUGGAUCCAUAUAGUGGGAUAAGCAAUUUUCAUUUAUAUAUCAACUCAGAUUCCUAUUGAGUAAUGUUUCAUUGGAUGCGAGGAGGAAGCUCAUCUCACUUUCUCUGAUAGAGUUUUGGAUCAUGAUAUUUCUUUUUCUUUUUCCUUGAUUCGUCCAAAUCCAUUCUUAACAGAGCUCAUUAUAUAUUUGAUACAAGCAAUUGAAGCACGGGCGCACUUUCUAUUUCAGGUCGGUCAGCAUCUGUAGCAGUGCCUUUGGUUGGAUCUUCUACUGGUGAGGACAAACUGUUCUGUCCCAUACAUAUAUAUUGCUUUUGUGAAUUUUCUCCUUGAAAUGACAACUCCAGAGGGGGUUGACAGUGGAAAAGUACAUGAACCGGGCAAACCUAUGAACGGAAAGGCUUCUAUCGGAAGUAAGCCAGACAAUCAGAUCACCAAGCCUAUGGUUGCUUCAAAUAGUCCUCAGAAACUUACACCCGCAACUCUUCCAACACAUUUAAGGAAGUCUCCUAAUGAGUUGGACAAGGUAGCCAAGAUCUCGAAUGGUUCUAAGGGCACUACCCCUACUGCUGUUGCAGAUGUUUCUCUGGCAGUUGCCCCAACAACUCCUCCAACACAUUUCAAGAUUUCUUCUAAUGGGUUGGAGAAAGCAGCCAAGAUCUACAAUGGUUCUAAGAACCCCAGUCCAAGUGACGAGGCCUCCAAACACAUUCCUCAUUACCUGAGACCUUCCACUGCCUCCUGUCAUCAUUAUUGUAAAUACGGAGUAAAACCUGAGAAACCUCAAUCUAAAAGAUACGAUUCCUCUAAGCAUCAGCACAAUCAUACUACAAGUGCAAACAAGACACCUUUAGAUACCCCAAAAUCUGCAGCUGCGAAGACCCCCAAGGGUCAUAAAAGCAUUUCUGAUACCCCUUCCCCUGUCAAGCAUUCCACUCCUGUCAAGUCUCCUUCCACUCCGACUGGGAUUUCUUCCACUCCUGGCCAUUCCUCUAAAGUGUCCCCAAAGGAGAAGACUGCUGUUAACAAGUCGGAGUUUCAGUCCAAAGUGAUAAGGUCGACAGCUUUGAAAUCCAAAACCUCGCCUUCUUUGCCUUCCAAGUCCUCUUCAGAAAAGAAUAUAAAAGCGUCUGUCUCUCCUAAGCCUGUUAUCAAUGGCAACAGUAAAGCAAAUUUGGUUUCUUCAUCGCCCAGCCAAGCUCUCAAUGACCAUGAAAAUGCCAAAAAGGCUAUUCAAUCACAGAACCAUGCUCUCAACAUCCACGGCAGUGCUAAAAAAGCUACUCCACCACCUAAGUAUGCUCUUGAUGGUCAUAGCAAUGCAAAAACAAAGAAGCCAGUGUUAAAGACAAUAGAGAAAUCACUGAAGAGGAGAGAAAAGAAUGGUGCAGUAAAAUCUGAUUCGCCAAGAUCCCAAAGCCAAAAUUCUUCCUCUGAUCCACAACAUGAAAGGCCUGACAGAGAUGGAACAGUAGAGGUGUGUAGUUACAAGGAAGGGUUGCCCGCUACUGAUCAAAUAUGUGCAAAUGAUGCUGAAGAUGCUCAUCAAACAGUAGAGGCAUGUAGUGAUAAAGAAGAGUUGCCCGCUAAUGAUCAAAUAUGUGCAAAUGAUGCUGAAGAUGCUCAUCAGUUUGAUGAGCAUUCUCACAGUGCUGAUGAAACAAGUGAAGAGCAUGCAGAUACAAUGGAACAUAUUGAUACAGAAGGGGAUGGGCAAUCUGUUGAAGAAUAUUGCCAUGAAUGCAGUGACAGGAAUGAUGCACCCAUUUCUGCACCCUACGAAAUUAUUGACAGUCACAAGUUUGUUGAUGAGAAGAAUGAUGAUUUUGAACCACAUGAGGAAAAGAUUGACGAAUAUCAACCAUAUGGAGAAAGUAUAGCCGAAGAAUAUAUUGAUGAAGACUUUGACAGCGAGUAUUCUGAGGACUUUGAAUAUGAUGAUAGUUAUGGAAGUGAAUCCAAUGGUGAACAAGAAGGGCUUGGCAAAGUUAGAAAACAGCAUCAGACAACAGUUCCUCAAGAGGGUAAUCAGAUUUUGGAGAAAGGAAGGUUUAGAAGAGGUCAAAUUAUAGCUGGUUCUGAAGAGGAUAAUCGACGUCUGGAGAAGAGAAGGUUUAGAAGAGGGAGAAUUAUUGACUCUUCCAAUCCAAAAUCAAAACCAGAGAAUGUCAACCUGAGGCAUCAGGAAUUACAAGCAAGAAAGGCAUCUGAAGAGUGGAUGCUGAAUCAUGUGAUUGAAAAAGAAGUAAAUAAGCUGGCUCCUGUUAGAAAAAGCAAGGUGAAGACAUUGGUGGGGGCUUUUGAAACAGUCAUUCAACUUAAAGAAUCUGAAAUUGGUGAGCCCAAGCAUGCUGGUAUAAAAGAUGUAUCUCAGGUGAGCCCUCCCAAUGAAUGCAAUUGAGGUCCAGAGCUGACAGUUUUGUUUAUUGCAACUGCUUUUAAUUCAAUAAUAUUGUAAGAGGAGAGUGAUGAGUAAAUUACUUAAGAUUUUAAUCAGAAAUUAAGGCAGAUGCUGUUAUCUUUAGUUUUCCAAGUGUUGGAUCUACUAUUACCUGCCACUAAUGAAUGCUAAAUGUAUAAUGUGAAAGCAAAAUAAGUCCUGUGCGUGAAGAUGGUUUACAGAGAUCUAUACAUAAAAGUCACCUUGUUCUGAUCAAUGUCUUCGUUAUAUUGUUCUAUAUUUAUGACUUUUCCAACAGGGGAUGUAAAAAAAACAGUCUGCAAUCAGAGAAGAUUUGUAGUGCUGUCCCUGGUCCAAUGCUGACUGUAUUGUUUAUAAGAACUGAUUUUAACUCAAGAAAGUUGUAAGAGGAGAGUGAUGAAUAUAUUACUUGAAACUUGAUUCAGAAAUUAAGUUAGAUGGUGUUAUCUUUAGUUUUCCAAGUGCGGAAUCAACUAUUAUCUGCCACUAAUGAAAGUUAAAUGUAUAAUGUGAAGUUAAGUAAGUCCUGUGCGUGAAGAUGGUUUACAGAGGUCUAUACAAAACAGUUGCUCUGUGCUGAACAAUGUCUUGUUCCAUUGUUCUAUAUUUAUGCCUUUUCCACCAGAGGAGGAAAAAAAAAAAUCCUGCAAUCAGAGAUGAUUUGUUGUGAUGUCUCUGAUCCAGUGCUGACUGUAUUGUUUAUUACAACUGAUUUUGAUCCAAGAAUGUUGUAAGAGGAGAGUGAUAAAUAUAUUACUUGAAAUUUGAAUCA